AUGAAUUCCGCCCUGGGUGCCACUUUCUUCCACUUAUCACUCAAUCCUUUGGUGAUGUCGCUUUCCACCACGACGACGGAUUCUCACGAGCUGCUCAAGUACUCGCGCGCGCGCAACGCGGGACCCAGCGAGGCCGGCAAUGGCGAAUGGCAGAUGUUCAGCACCCCGACCAUACGCCUGACGAUUGAAGCCACCAAGGCACCCGACGGCCGUCUUCACUCUUUCAGAAAGAUCGUAUUUGAAGACUUGAACUUUGUCGUGUACUCGUCCAUGCCCGACAUGCAGGCGCCCCUCACACCACCCCUCAAAGCGGUCUACGAAGGUCCUGUGGUCGGCUUCCGUUAUCAGCGUCCCAGUCCACGCGACGUCUCUGUCACUCGGACAAGCUCCACUUUUGUGAACUCGAUCCGCUUCAUUUGCGUCUGCGUCCAGAACCCCAAUACUCAGUGUCCCCCACCUGCAGCCAAGGGCCGGAAGAGGCCUCUCGAGUCUGGCCAAAGCUCGGAUAUCUCUCGGAUGUGCCUCAAAGUGCGCGGCGACGCGUCCCUGCUCCUACUCCUUCGUUCUAGGCUCGCCGCGUCCGAUGACGACGCCGUCUUCGAGCUGGAACAGCGGCAGGCCAACAAAUCCAAUGCGCGCAGCUCCGAAUCUCGCCCGUCAUCUGCUUUCGCCGACUACCCGUCUUCUGACCUGCCCCCCUCCGACCCGAUCCCGACGCCAGCUCUGUUUCGCCGUCCUUCCGCGUCAAGAUUCUUCGACACCGUCCUCGGAAGUUCGCAAGAUCCUAGUCCGCCUCAGCAGUCCUCAUCAUCCAACGAAGCUUCUUCCGGCGUCGGCACCGGCUCGGUACCCCACUCCCGUCUUCGCCUCGCCGGCCUAUCUAAGUCAAGAAGCACGGCGCGCUGGGCGGUGGAGUGCGCGGACGGGGACGCGCACGCGCACAACGCGACCGCGUUCGCACGCGUCUGGGACGCCCUCGUCGAGACCUCGCCGCUGCUCGCGCCCGUGUGGGGCACGUCGUGGGUCCAGAGCGCGGCGUGGCCGCUGCGCGUGAAGGCGAGGCUCACGGCGCCGGUCGCGGCGGAGCGCGCGGCGCACCCGCCGUCGCCGCCGUCGAACAGGUUCGACCCGUGGUGGUACGUUCCUUGA